AUGACAAUCUCUCUCCAUCCCCACCUGGCGGGUCCACGACAAUCUAUCUCUAUACAAAUGAACUACCGAUCGGGUCGAGGUGGCCGUGGGGGCCACGGCCAUGGUAGAAACAACUACCAAAAUUUGGCCGAGGGAUUCGGUCAGUUUGCGACGCUCAGUGCGCUGCUCCAUCUGUGGGAAGAAAGGGCACUUUGCCCGGGAGUGCUGCCUCAGUUCCACGCCCAGGUGCCUGAGUUCCACGCCCAGCAGCCAGGACCAAGCCCAGCAACCAGGACCAAGCCCAACAGCCGCAGCCAAACGCCCAGCAGCGAUACUCCCAGCAGCCAUAUGCCCAGGAGCCUCAGGUCCACGACCAGGAAGGAACCUCAGUUCCCCCAAGACCAGCGACCUCAGUUCUACCAAGCCCAGCAGACUCAGUUCCACCAAGACCAGCAGUCUCAGUUCCACCAAGCCAAGCAGCUUCAAUUCCAGACCCAGCAGCCACGCACAGCACCCGCAGCCAUACACGCAGCAGCCCUAGGGGCACGCAGCAGCCUCAGGCACCCCUAG